CCUUUCCCCCUCCCCCUUCUCCAGGUUGCGGGUCAGCGCGAGCCACUGCAGCAGCAGCAGUUAAAACCGUCGGGAACCGCCACGAGCCGCUCCGGCCUUGCACCAAAUAACAGCCGAGCGCGCGAGUCCCGGGCUGCGGUAGAGCCGCGAGGGGGGAGGCAGGCAGGAAGGAAACAGUCGUGCGCUUGCGGUGGUGGCAGCAGAAGCAGCAACAGCAGCAGCGAGGGGAGAAGACGAAGAGGCGGCUUGGCACUCGGCUGUGGAUUUAGCUGCGGGCAAGCCCUCAACACCCUCCCGCCACCAUGGGAAACGAAGCAAGCUACCCACUGGAAAUGUGUUCGCACUUUGAUGCAGAUGAGAUUAAACGAUUGGGGAAGAGAUUUAAGAAGCUUGAUUUAGAUAACUCUGGUUCUUUAAGUGUGGAAGAAUUUAUGUCUUUGCCUGAGUUACAACAGAAUCCCUUGGUACAACGAGUAAUAGAUAUAUUUGAUACUGAUGGAAAUGGAGAAGUAGACUUCAAAGAAUUUAUAGAAGGAGUCUCCCAGUUCAGUGUCAAAGGUGACAAGGAGCAGAAGUUGAGGUUUGCCUUUCGCAUCUAUGACAUGGACAAAGAUGGUUAUAUUUCCAAUGGGGAGCUUUUCCAGGUUUUGAAAAUGAUGGUUGGGAACAAUCUCAAAGAUACCCAGUUGCAGCAAAUUGUAGACAAAACCAUAAUAAAUGCAGAUAAAGAUGGUGAUGGAAGAAUAUCCUUUGAAGAGUUCUGUGCUGUUGUAGGAGGCCUAGAUAUUCACAAAAAGAUGGUGGUAGAUGUGUGACUCUUUAUGAUACUACCCAACACUUUUGCUUUCUUCUCCAUCUCUGAAGAUCUGCUCAAGACGUCCAGCAAUGCUCUCUGUGUAUUUAAAUGGAAGUAUUUUUCUCUGUGAAACCACAUUUUCCAACAUGAGCCUCAUGAAGCCAACUAAGUGUUGUUGAACUUUCAUUCUCUCAAUAACGCAAGUGUAGCACUUUAAAAGUCUGAAGGACAGCAAAAUGGAAAGAGCAUAUCAGUGUGGUGGAGAAAGGGAAGGGGGUUGGCUUUUUAAUUUAUUUUUCUCAACUUUUAUAACAAGAAAAUAUCUAUCUAUAUAUAUGUGUGUGUGUAUUUAUAUAUAGAUAUAUAUAUGUUGUGCUUUCUAUUUAGUAGUUAGGCAAGCUUUAAUUUAAUAUACUUGAUUUAGGCAUAAAAUUAGAGUACAAAAGUGCCAAGCAGAUUAUUAUAUAGUACAACACAUAUAAAUAUACAUCUUUACUUUUAUGUCACACAGAUAUACACGUACAGGCAGAUAUACUUUAGAAGAAUAUAAUGUUUUAAUGGAUGUUAGGUCAACUUUUUCCUGUGACUGUUUCAGAUGUUUAUAUAUUGACUGGCUGAAAUAGCAUCAUUUCCUGUUAAUUUAUCUUAAUUACAUUUUUGUAUGACAGGAAUAUAGAUUAGUUUGUGUAUAUAUGUACACUAUUUAAUAGUAUGUGCAUGUAUGUGUACGUACACAUACUAUUUAUGGGUAUUAAAAUAGUGAGGCAUGUUAUAAAAAUUUAAUUGCCAAGAACUAGGUUGUAUAUGCAAAAAUAUGCUUAUGAUCAUUUCAUUUUUUCACUUAACACAACUACAUAAAAUAAACUUAGUAAACAUUGGCUCUUGCCAUUUAGAUAAAACAGUUGUAAACAUACUUGUUUUUCAGUACUAAUCUUAAUACAAAAGAAUUUAGGAAUCAUUUCCUAGGAUACCUCGUGCAGUGAGAUUACAAACCUCUCAUGCCAUUAAAAUAUUUUCCAACUAUAUAGUUUCUCUAAAGCAUUUAAUAUACUAAUUUAAGUUGCAUAAAACCUGGUAAUAUUUUAUAUAUGUGUAUAUAGGUUUAUUACAGGAGAAACAUUAACCUCUGCCAUAGGAAAAGGGGUAAGGUUCACAUUUUCUUUUUUUUUUUAACCUGAUCUUCAGUUGGAGAGUUCUUUUUUCUAAAUUUGUUUUUAUCAUGACUUGUAUUGACAGUAACUUUAUGUAUGUGUGAUAUAAAAGUAGCAAGGCAUGUUAUACAACUUUAUAUCAUUCUUUUUCUGCAAUGGUACUAUUGGCUAGAAGAAAUUUGUUAGAUUUUUAGGAUAGCACGCCCUUUUCUCUAGCAAUUUUUGCUAUUUAAAAUGUUUUAUAAUCCGCAGUGGAAAGGCAGGUUGUUCCAAACUUAAAAUCGAUUGCCUCCCAGCCAGCCAUAGCUGUUCCUUCGAUUGAGUGCUGCACAUUAUGGGCUCUGUGAGAAAUCCAGGUGCUUGGUGUCCUUGCAUGACAUGAAGUUUUGCAUGUAGAUCGAUUUGAAAUGUUCCGCUUGUUUACAUGAUUUGCAUAAUUUAAAAAAGAUGUUGCCAAACUUUUGGUAAAUGUUAAAACAGAAAAAUCUCCACUACAUGUAUCUUUCUUCCUUUGGAUCAGUAUGUGGAUUAUAAUCCCAGCCAGUGGUUGUAUUUGUUCCAUUGUCAACUGCCAUGUGCUCUGCUUCAGGGGGAACUAGUCUUUUGUGAAUUUUUUUGUACAUAAAUAUUUGUUACAAAUAUUUUAGCAAUUGCUUUUUAUUUCUUAAUUGCUUGGGCAUAUCCUUCCUGGCAUAAUAGAAAAUAGUGCUAAUGUUACUUUCGUACUGGGGGAAUGAGCUUUUUUAGGUUGUGCGCAAAAAAAAAAAGGGUUAUGUUGAAUGUUUAGAUUUUUCCUCUGCAUGCUAAUACCAUACAUUGUUGGAACUAUAGGAACCUUCAUAAUGUAUGAAUAAAAAUAAACUAUUUGAACUUUA